GAUAAAGUAGGCUGAUAAUUGCAUACUUCACAGACGAUCCCAAAUUGUAUCAGCUUGCUCUCAGAAGCAAACAAUAUCUCAUUCGAACAAGUCUAAAAAAAUUAGUUCAACAAAAUGCAAAGAAAUUUGUUAACUUCCUUGCGCCCGUUGAUCCGGUGCUCCCAAGUGCUGACUCCGUUGUAUGCAACCCCUCGGCUGUUCCAAACUUCUUCGCUGCUGCAGGCUCAGAAGAAAAGCGGCAAGCUGUCGCCGAAGAUAGCAAAGCUACAGAGGAAAUAUCAGGAGAACAAUGGGAAGCCGGUGUUUCUUAAGGGCGGCCCCAUGGACGUUAUACUGUAUAGACUGACUUGGGUGCUGGCCAUUAUUGGCAUCCUGGGCGAUGUCUGGCUGUGGCUUGGCUACAUAAUAUAUAAUUAAGUCAGCCACAUACACAUACAGAUAAAAUGCAUAUUAGCACACUUAUACACAUAAACAAUGCCAAUGUGACACAAAAUCAAACAAAAGUACGUUUCCUGCACAACUCCUGAGAGACCUUCCCCGGGGCGAAUAAACAUAUUUGAUUUCGACUACAA